GAACAUAUUAUCUCUAUGUUCAAUUGCUGCAGAACAGAAGGUCUUAUCUGGAACCCUUAUUUCUAAUUUAGAGUAUAGUUUCCACAACAAUGUAAUUCUUUAUUCCUACUUAAUCUAAAAAAAUGCAUCUUUUUCUACAUGAUGUCUCAAAUUACUGUGGUAUCAAAAAAGAAAGCUAGCAGGUUAUAUGGUUCCGUCUUGAUUAAGUGGCAGAGUGAUUUCUGUUGUUCCAUAACUUUCUCCUGCAGGACUCUUAUUGGCAUUACUCCAUCACUAGUUCCCCAUGGAAGUCUUUCCUCAUAUUCUGCAAGAAAUGCGUGAUUACUGGGCUGAUCAUUUCUCUCGCAGAUUUUACCCCAGGAGGCCUCCACUUCGACGAGCUGCCACUUUAUCUACUUUCUACCUCUUGGACUACAAAACCAGGCGAACUGAACUGGGAAUGGAUUAUGGUUUUCCAUGUGCUCAGCUGAGCAAAGCAAAGCUUGUCUUCCAGGGUGGUGAGUGGCAGGGCAGCAGUGUUCCCCAGCAAAUGCCCUUACUGGAGUUACUUUCUUCUCCUGACAAGAAAUCACCUUACAAGGGACUAAAGAAAGAGAACAAAGCUCUACUGGAGGAGAAUAAUUAUUUGAAGUUACAACUUGAGCUGCUGAUGGACAUGCUGACAGAGACCACAGCUCGACUGCAUACACUAGAGAAAAAGCUGGACACAACUCCAUGGCGUCCCAAGAUAAAAAAGACAAACAAGGUGCUGAUGCUUCGGUCUUAAUAUUUCAGACAUUAGAUCUGAGAGUUCAGCAUUUCUGAAGUCAUUUGCCUUCUUAUGUGCAAACCCACAAUAAA